AUGUCUAGUGUAUGUCCAAUAAAAUUUGUCAAGAGAAAAAAUCAAAAAGACUACAUCAAAAUAGUUGAAGGUGACAAAUAUGAGUCAUUCGUCGGAAAACAAGGUGACGAGCAGAAUUUAUCGGUUGCCGAAGGUUGGUUAUAUCCCAUAGGUAGUACUUUGCAUGAACUGAUGCACGUGGUCAGAUUUUAUCACAAACAUAGUCGUUGGGAUCGUGAUCAAUAUGUCAAAGUUGGUGAAACAGAUAUUGAUGAUAUCAAUUAUAAGAAGCUUGAAGAAUCUGAAGUGAUAUGCUUUGGUUCGUACGACGGGAAAUCUAUAAUGCACUACCCAGUGCAAAGAGAAGGUCAGCGUACAGAAUUUAGAGAAGGUGAUAUACAUGGACUUAACCGGCUUUAUUCCUUUGCGCGGGCUGGCACAAAUCUUUCUAUGUCAAAUCCACCAAUUGUUAACGACAGCGGCAAGAUCAAAAAUGUAAUUUAUCACGUUACUUACGUUUUACUCGUAGUUACAUGUGCAUUGCUUUUUAUACUAUAA